AUGAUAAUGAAUGCUUUUUCUUUUUCAACCUCAUUAAGGCAUAGUAAAAUACUUCGAAUUUUGAAAAAUGAAAAAAGCUACUUCUGUAGUAUGGCCAAAAAAAAGUUUGGUGAACUUCAUCAACCAAGAACACGAUGUGAAAAAAAAAAUCAUUUAGAAAUCAUUGAUCAAGUGUAUUUUGAUAUGAUGGAUGCUAUGAAAGAAAAGAGCAUAUUAGAAAAGGAAGAAUAUAGAAAUAUGGAUAGAAAUAUUUCUGAGAUUAUUUUAAAUCAUAACAUUUCGGAAAAGAACCAAGUAAUUAAGAACAUAAUGAGAUACUGCAUCGAGUUAAACAAGAAAAGGGGUAAAAAGGAAGAAGCAGAGGAAGAGGCUGCAGAUGAAGAAGAGGAUAACAAAUACAGGAAGAAAAAAAGAAAAAAUGUGGAGGAGUUAAAUAAUAGGUAUGAUCCACAAGGAGACAUUUUAAAUUUAAUAAAAAGUAACGUAAAAGAAUAUAGCAGUCAAUUCAAUUCUUGUGAAAUAGGUAUAAUUUUGAAAUGCUUUCUAAAAAUAAAAAUGAACGAUUUACAUAUUAUACAUAUAUUAUUACACCAUUUUUUUAAAAGAAAUAUGAAAUUUUCUCAAUAUGGAACGUUGUAUGUGUUAAACUCUUUUUCUAAGUUGAGCUUACUACCACAGAAUGAAACUAAUUUUAAAUUACUCUGUUCAGAUAUUUUACAAAAGUUAAAUAAUUUUGAAUUUAAAAACAUUUGUCUAAUAUGCAACUAUGCUUCAGCAUUGUAUAGAACUAAUAAAGUAUAUAUAAAGAACUUUAUUGAGAAAAUAUGUAAAUUUCUCAUAAAUGACUAUAGCAUAAGUAGUAAUGAUGAUGUAUGGUCUACGGAUUCUAUUCAUUAUAUUGCUAAUGCUUGUGCUAGAGUUAAUUAUUUAAACAAAGAAUUAUUUCUUUUUUUAAAACAUAAAAUUGAAAAGAAAAUAGCAUUUUUUUCACUAGAUCAAUUAGUUUCUUUAACUAAUGCAUAUAGCAAAUUUAAAAAUGCAGAAGAAGCAAACUUUUUAUCCUUAUACAUUUUAAUAGCAGAUGAAAUAAUUAAAAAAUCAUAUUUAUUAAAAUCAAGACAUAUGAGCGUUUUAGCAAACUCUUUUAAUAAUGCAUGCGUACUUCAUGAGAAACUUUUUUAUAUUAUUACAGAAUGUAGUUUAACACUUAUAAGUACAUUUGAGCCAAAACAGAUAGUCAUGAUUAUACAUGCUUAUGUAAAUAUAGGCUUACUAAAUAAUGUUUUACUAGACUCUAUAUGGAACACUGCAUUAGUGUAUAUAGACGAAUAUCAUAUCCAAGAAUUGUCCAUGUUACUACAGGCAUAUACUAAAAGUUCACAACAUAGACAAAAUUUUUUCAAUAAAUUAUGUCAGCGAAUUUAUAUUUUUAUUACUUCUACGUAUCCUUUUGUGGGAACAAAUGAGAAGAAUUUAGAAUAUACAUACGAAAAGUAUAUUAAGUCGAUGAAUAUAUUAAAACAUAAGUACAAAAUAUUGUCAACAAGUGUAACAUUAGAUGAUUGUUCCUUACUUCUCUAUGUGAUAUAUAAUCAUCAAAAUUAUUGCAUUUACGUUAAUGAUACAAUCUUAAAGUGUCAAGAGAAAAAGCAGCAUUAUCGCAUUUGUUUAAACUAUAAUAACAAUAAAGAGGAGGAAAAAAAAUACCUUGCUGCUUCUAACGAUAUAGCAAAAAAUGAGGAACAUUGCACCGACAAAAGGGAACAUAGCAUAAUAGACCAUAUAUCGUAUCAAAACGGAUAUGAUACAGAUGAAAUAUCCUUAAAAAUGCAUUCGUCUGAAAAUAUUUCUAACUCUCUUAAUAAUAUCGGUACAAAUAGCAAUAACGAAAUUUUUACUGCACAAGGAGAUGAGAAAAAGGACGAUGCACGCAGUGAAAUAAGGCAUGUUAUGUCAUCUGGCAAGGUUAACCGCGUUCCCUAUUCUAAUAAGAGCGAAAAUGGUAACACAGGAAAUAGCGACUCUACAGGUAGCAACAUUUGUGGAAAUACCGAUCCCAUCGAAAGCCAAAUGAAUUACAUGCAGCAUGUUGAAUACUACUCUAACGAUAUUGAUAAAGCAGGGGAAUAUUUAAUAAAAUAUUUGAGCAAAGAUAUUAAUUCCACCUUACUAUGCUCAAUAAUAUAUUCUCUCAUUAAAGGAAACUGUUUAUUACAAUAUGAUCUACUAAUAUGUUUAUCUAAACUAACUAUUAUUUUUCUUAAACAGUUCAAAAGUUCAGAACUUGCCAAUAUAUGUACAGCUUUGUCUGAAGCUUAUAUAUUCGCAUCUGAUGAAAAUAAUAGACAAAAUGAAUUAAUAUCAAAAAAUCAAAAAAAAGAAAAUAGGAACAUUUCAAAUUUAAAGCAAGUUAAAAGUAUAGGAGUUAGUAAUUCUAAUAAGAGUGAAACAUAUGAUGAAAAGUUAUACUUUUCAUCAAAACAAUAUUUAAUUACAUGUAAAUUAUUUUUUGAUAUGGUAGAAUCCUAUUUGAAGGAAAAAGAACAUUCUUUCACUGACGUUUAUAGUACCUAUAAAUUUAUCACUUCUUUUGGUGCAUUAAGAAUGAUUAAAUAUUCCUCAGUUGCAUUGCAUUUAUUUAAAUUGUCAAUACUGGAAAUUAAAAAUUUAUCUUAUUUGCCUCUACAAAAAAUAGCAAAUGCUUUUAUGCAGAUGAAUGUCUACAACGAGGAUGUGUACGCAUUUAUAAAGAAGUUACAAAAGAUGAAAAAAAACAAAUAA